AUGAGUCCCAUUGAAGAAACAUACUCCUUCGGCUACGAUAUCGGCCCAAAUGGUCACUUCCACCACGAAAACCGCGCUCUGGACGGCGUAACCUACGGAUGUUACGGUCACGUGGAUCCCCAAGGAAAGCUUCACGCGACCCACUAUCUGGCCGAUUCCCGCGGCUAUCGUGUGGUUCAACCCACAAGGCCAGCGGUCAUUUUCAUCAGGCUUCCAAAUUCGCGGAGGUUUCGCAAGGAAGUUCGCGAUUGGGAGGAGCUGUCGAUGCCUGCCGGGUGUGGCGAGAGGAAGACAACGCAAAGCGAUAUUCUUGGGGGAUUGCUGGAAAGUAUUACGCCGGUGGUGGGUGCCAUUACGGACACCGUAACGGGACUGGUCAACGGAACGUUGGGAGGGUUGACCGGGAGUGUUGGGAGUGCUUCCGGUGCGGCUGCGGGAGUUGCUACCACUCCAGCUGUUAUGCUUACAGUUCCACCGGUUAGCGUUACAACUCCGGUUAGUACUGGGACUGCCGCUGCCGUUGAUAAUAAUUCAACGAGUGUUGCGAGCACUGUAAGUUCCGCAUGAAACGAGUAAUUAAUAAACUGUACAAUAUGAGUUCGAGAAGUGGUUUCUUUUCUGACUAUCACACAAGGUCAACGAAUGGCCUUUAACUGGACUACUUACGCCAUAUCAGCAAAAGGAAUUAACAUCUAUCAACACGAUUUGCAUGGUAGCAGAUAUCAACGACCUGUUGAGAUCCAUUUUUUCAUGCUUGUAC